AAAGGGAUUUAUUUGGCGGAUUUGAAGUUAAAUGGAAGUGAUGGAUGGGUUCUUCAUAGAUUUCAAUUUUACUUUUCGCAAGAAACAAACUUUGUAUGUUUCAGAUUUGGGUUCAGCAAUAAGUUGAUAUCUUCGCAGAGAGCGCACCAGAAUCACUUAUAAUCUCUCUACUUCGCCACCAGAAACUACUUUUUUUGGCGCCUUCUGAUUCCAAGUCAAGUGCUUUUCAAAACCCCAUUUCCCCUUUCUUCUUCUUCUUCUUCUUCCGGCCUCAAAACCCUAGCAAGCCCCCCAUGGAAGAAGACGGCAUCCACUUGGUCCUCGGCAGAGCCACGGAGCUCCGGUUGAAGAUCAGCAACUGCAUUCACAAGGCAAGCAGUACCACCGCCGCUUCUCACCCGGAGGACGGUGCUUCCGGCGACGCCGAGGAUGACGACGAAGUGGAGCGGCUUUUGAAUAUCUGCGAUGCCCUAGAGUCCUUGGAGACACAGCUCUCUUCGUUGCAGGAUUUGCAACAACAACAACGAUAUGAACGAGAAGCUGCCCUCAGCGAGAUUGAACACAGUCGCAAGAUGCUACUCGACAAGCUCAAGGAGUACAAAGGGGAGCAUUUGGAAGUGAUAAACGAAGCUUCUGCAUUUGCUGGGGAGGCAGUAGAGCACAACCAUGACCUCAUGCUUCCUCCAUAUCCAAGCCGACCUCCGUAUUCUCUUCACCCAAACAAUGGCCAUGUGCUACCGUCCUUGUCUGCUCGUAAAUCUGUUCGUAAUGGCGUAACCUUGAGCUACGUGACAAACAAUGCCAAAAAGGAAUCAAGUGAGUCAUUGACUGCCAGCAAACAAGCGAGCACGAGAAACUCGAGGAAUGGAUUAGGUUCACUCAUAGCUGUAGCAGCCAAGGCAGUGUUUACCAUUGUUGGUGUUGUGUCUAUAUUGAGCAUGUCUGGUUUUGGGCAACGGAUUGCAGCAAAGAGAGGUAGUACUCGUUUGAAGGUAUCCGGUGUGUUCGAACAGCCAUCAACCGGAGAAGAAGAGAGACCGAGAAUUCAAUGCCCGCCCGGGAAAAUCCUGGUAGUGGAAGACGGGGAGGUGCGAUGCCUAGUGAAAGAGAGAGUCGAAGUUCCAUUUUCUUCUGCUGUGGCAAAACCAGAUGUGAACUAUGGAUGUGGUUAAUGCCAUUUUCCAAUUCUUCCCUCUUCCUUUUAAAAAGGUAACACUUCUAUUCUAUCUUCAGAGAAGCUUGAGCCUUCAGUUUGUAAAGUUAAGCAUUUUGCUUUUACAUUUGU